AAACGCGAAAAAUGUGGAAACAUAAUUUUCUCUCAAUUUUCCGGGGAACAAUUUUCAAAUUGCGCUUACAGUUGCAAUCAGGAGAUACAUUGAAUCGUAAUGAGUUUUUUUUCUUAAUCACCUAUCGGAAAUUUAUUUGUUCCUUUUUUAACCACUACAACAACAAUAUCGAUUAGAUAAAUCCACAUUGACGAAGAUAAGACGAUUUUUCCACGCGUACUUCAUAUCGAUCACUCAAUUUAUCGACUCAUCAAGAUCGACAACUUCGCAUUAUUAUCACGAGAAAAUGCGUCACAAUCUCUCCACAGAAAUAAACAAUUGAAACAAAUAAAAAGUAACAAUUAAAUUACCUCCAGAAAUUAAUUGUCUCAGAUUGCCAGUCAGUGCGAUAUUAGAUACCAGUGGAUAACAAUCUCUAUUGGAUGUGCCAAUCAGCCGGUGCGAUGGACCCCUGGACAAUCCUCUGGACAACAGCUCUGUUGCUGUUUCUGUACUACUACUUCACAGGAGGUGAUAAUUUCUUCGAUAAAAAUGGAAUUCCCUACAUCAAGCCAUUUCCCUUCCUGGGGAACAUGGCCCAGACGAUAUUUCGCCAGAGAACAAUGACGGACACCAUCCACAGGACAUUCAAAUUGAACGAGAACGCCAAGUACGUGGGGUUCUUCGAUUUUGGUUGUCCAGUGGUGAUGAUUCGUGAUCAGGAGCUCGCUAAAAACAUCACCGUCAAGUAUUUCGCUCAUUUCGUUAAUCACCGGGGCUUCGUUGAUCCCGAACAGGAGCCCCUCUUCGGGAACAAUUUAUUUACACUCCACGACGAUCACUGGAGAUCAAUCAGAAAUCUCCUGAGUCCUGCCUUCACCUCCAGCAAGAUGAAGGGAAUGUUCAGGCUCAUGUCUGAAUGCGCCGCCUCCUACGCCGAUUAUUUCGCUGACGAAUCCCGAGAUAAACCCCUGGAGGUAGAUUCCAAGGACGCAUUCACCCGUUACACUAACGACAUAAUCGCUAUUUGUGUUUUUGGAAUAAAAAUCGAUUCAGUAAGAAAUCGAAAUAACGAAUUCUACAUUAUGGGUAAGAGAGCAACGAAUUUCGAGGGUCUUAAGUCGCUGAAGUUUUUUGCUGUCAGGAGUUUUCCGAGGCUGGCGAAAUUACUGAAUAUCAAGUUCAUGUCCAGUGAUGUCGAGAUCUUUUUCAAGAAGCUGGUGAAGGAGACGAUCGAGACGAGGGAUAAAUUGGGGAUUACUAGACCGGAUCUAAUCCAGCUGAUGAUGGAAACGAGGGACAAUAAGGAGGGCCCCAAGCUGACGAUCGAAAACAUGACCUCGCAGGCUUUUCUCUUCUUCUUCGGGGGCUUUGACACCUCCUCGACGAUCAUGUGCUUUCUCGUUCACGAGGUGGCUGCCAGGCCAGAGGUUCAGGAGAAACUCCAGAGGGAAAUCGAUGAGGUGUUUGAGGAACACGAGGGAGAUCCUCCGUAUGAGGCCAUCAUGAAUAUGGUAUACCUGGAGGCUGUCGUCACUGAGGCACUCAGGCUUCAUCCCAAUGCUGCUUUCGUGGACAGGGUCUGCAAUAAGGACUUUGAAUUGCCACCUGCUCUACCUGGGCAGAAACCUGUUGUCCUGAAACCUGGAAAUACUGUGUGGAUUCCUAUGUAUUCUUUUCAACACGAUCCUAAGGUCUAUCCUGAUCCCCAGGUGUUCGAUCCUGAACGGUUCAUCAAGAAUGGAAAGACAAUUGCUAAUUCAAGUAAUUCUCUGACCUUUGGACAGGGACCCAGAAUGUGCAUUGGAAACAGAUUUGCACUUUUGGAGAUUAAAGUACUUUUGGUUCAUAUCUUGAGGAAGUGCUCGAUCAGGCCCGGCAAGAAAAUGAUUCUCCCGUUGAGAUUGAGCAAGGCCACUGUUGGCAUGGCUGCUGAAGGUGGAUUUUGGAUUGAAUUUCGCCAAAGGGACAUCUGAAAUUAUAAAUUCCUGCGGAAACUAGAAUAAUAUCAAAUUGGGCAUCAGGGGCGGAAAUGUACUUUAUGUCAUAGGGCCCCAAUUACGGAAAAAUCAGAGAAAAUAAAAUGUACAGUUCAGAAAAUUCUCUUGUCAGGUGAAUAUGUAACUGUUAUGUACUUUUCAUAAUAAAUAUA